AUAGCUCAAUUUAUUUUAUUUGUCGAAGAAUUUAAGUGAGAUAUCAAAAAGUUUCUUUAAUAAAAUAAUUAUUUCCUUUUAUGUUUAAAACUUUUAUUAGAAUAAGAUUUUGAAAGUUGAAAGAAUAAAGUAUAAUUUAAAAUCGUGAAGUUUACAUGAAGCAAAAAACGGAAUGAGCGAGUAGAAAAAUUUGGACGAAUAUUUAACUCCCAAGGUGUGAAAUGGCUGAUGAUAACAAUAACGGAAGCCCUACUGAGAACAACAGACGGACAAACAGCAAUCUUCCAAUUCUAUUUGCAAAUGGGUAUCCGACAUCGCUGGAGAAAAUGACUGCUGAGCAAUUGGAAAGAUUUGUUCCUUUUCUGGUUAAAAGUUCAAAAAAUGGAACCGAGGAAACAGAGUUGUCAGUUCCUCUUUGGUGGUCAGACACUGUUGAUUUCAAAAUGCCAUUAGAGAAACCGAAGAAUUUUAGAAAGAACUGGGCAGCAACUCUUCGGAAAUUGAUUGAAGAUUGUUAUACAUUCUUUAAUCAACCUUUCCUUCUAAAGUACUCUAAUGAGCUUUGUGAAUAUGAUCCUGCCAAUCUUCGAUAUGUUCGAGCUAGUGAUACGACAACUUCUCUGUACAGUCGAAAACCUAAGAAACUUCUCCUUACCUUCAGAAACGAGAACAUGCUAGAUAAAAAAGAAUUAAACGAAGAAAUAUUUUUCAGGUGUGAAAUGGCUGAUGAUAACAAUAACGGAAGCCCUACUGAGAACAACAGACGGACAAACAGCAAUCUUCCAAUUCUAUUUGCAAAUGGGUAUCCGACAUCGCUGGAGAAAAUGACUGCUGAGCAAUUGGAAAGAUUUGUUCCUUUUCUGGUUAAAAGUUCAAAAAAUGGAACCGAGGAAACAGAGUUGUCAGUUCCUCUUUGGUGGUCAGACACUGUUGAUUUCAAAAUGCCAUUAGAGAAACCGAAGAAUUUUAGAAAGGUGAAAUUAAUUCAGCUAGAUAAAAAAGAAUUAAACGAAGAAAUAUUUUUCAGGUGUGAAAUGGCUGAUGAUAACAAUAACGGAAGCCCUACUGAGAACAACAGACGGACAAACAGCAAUCUUCCAAUUCUAUUUGCAAAUGGGUAUCCGACAUCGCUGGAGAAAAUGACUGCUGAGCAAUUGGAAAGAUUUGUUCCUUUUCUGGUUAAAAGUUCAAAAAAUGGAACCGAGGAAACAGAGUUGUCAGUUCCUCUUUGGUGGUCAGACACUGUUGAUUUCAAAAUGCCAUUAGAGAAACCGAAGAAUUUUAGAAAGAACUGGGCAGCAACUCUUCGGAAAUUGAUUGAAGAUUGUUAUACAUUCUUUAAUCAACCUUUCCUUCUAAAGUACUCUAAUGAGCUUUGUGAAUAUGAUCCUGCCAAUCUUCGAUAUGUUCGAGCUAGUGAUACGACAACUUCUCUGUACAGUCGAAAACCUAAGAAACUUCUGCUUACCUUCAGAAACGAGAACAUGUUGUACGACAGAAAGCCUAGAAUGACUCUUUGGAAGAAACAUGAAACUUUAACAGAAGAUACUGAACAAGAAACAUUUGAUAUAAUCUUAUGUGAUUAUUGUGAUGCUGAGUUUUAUUCCGAUGAAGCAUACACGCAACAUGAAAGAGAAUGUGGUGACAAAGCAGAACCUGAACUUCCAAUCAUUGAUAAUAUUGUGAUAAGCGACGAUGAAGACGAAACAGAAGAACAAGAAGAGAUAAACGGACAAGCAGACUUCAUGGCUUAUUUUUUCCUCGCAAGCGUUAACGCUGAUGAGCUUCCUCGAAGAAAUAACUAUUUAAUGGAGCGAAGUUUCUCACCAAAAAAGAAACGUCCCAUGCCGCGAACUCGUAAGGUUAUAAGCAAGAAAGAAAGAGAUCUGGAAAUGGCAAUACCGUUCUCAUCACCAGCCGGCAUUGCACUUACAAAGAAGUCGACUGUCACUCCGGAAGAGAUUGAAGAGACUUUGGCUGAAAUCGAAGCUUAUUGCGUUGCGAAACCAACGAUUCGUGUUGUACCACGUGUUAAACAAAAAGCACAAUCUGGACCGGAAAACGCUGUCAUCAAAUACAUGAGAAAACCAAGAAUUUAUUAUCGGCCGAAACGAACACUUCACUCGCAAUCUCGAGAAGAGAAUUUUCAAUUUCUUAAUCGUUCAUUGAUUGAAAAUUUAACACAAUGUUCAGUUACGUUACAAAAAUUGUCAAGCAGCGAGAUUCAUAAAAUUCAAGAGAAUUUCAGACAGAUUCGUGAAUUGAAAGAACGAGAAAAGAAAAAACAAAGCAGUCAAAUUGUAGAUCUUUGUUCCGAUUCCGAUGAAGAGUCAAUUGUUUGUGAUGAUGAUGUAAACUUAAGUGAAUUUCAUAACAAAUUAAACUUCCCCAACUUUGCAAUGAACUCACAGAAUUCCCUUGUGCUGUCAUCAAAUAUUUUUCAAACAUCGGAGGAUUCAUCAUUACGUCCUAGCAAUAAAAUUUUUAUGUCUCAUCGAUCUCAUUCAUUCACAACACCAAGCACAAGUCAAAACAUUUUUCCAUGUUUGAGCUUCAGAAACUCUUCUUCACAAUCAUAUUAUCAAUUCCAAGAAACAAUUGAAAAUGAAGGAGGUGAAACGAACAACAAACGAACUCAACGAUGGAUACAAAAUGUAAACGUCGAAAAUUUUUUAUCGCCCAUCAAACCAUCAUCAUCUCUGUCAACAAUCAAAAACGAUAAGUUAGAAGCUUGUACUACUUAAUCCAAUACCUUAUAAAGUAACAAGAUAGAUAUCUCCUAAUUCUUUUCCUAAUGACUUAAUAAUUAAAAUAUUUAAGUGAGUUUUAUUUGAGAUAUGAAGAAUAAAAAAAAAUAUUUGAGAGAAAAAAAGAAC